AUGGCUGCUACGGAUGAGAUUCGCGGGCAACCCCUCGUCCCCGGCAAGGCUUCCGGUCAGGUGCUUGCAUCUUCCAUGGGGCUGAGCUUUUGGGGGGGCGUUUCCCCGAAGACCGGUGCCGUCAUUGAUCGCCACCACCCUUUGCAUGGGGAAAAUCUUCACGGCAAGAUCCUGGCACUGCCUGGUGGACGAGGCUCCUGCACAGGCAGCCAGGUGAUACUGGAGCUGCUCCUGAAUGGCAACGGACCCGCUGCCAUCGUGCUUCGAGACCCGGAUGAGAUCAUUGCGCUCGGUGCUGUCGUGGCAGACGAGAUGUUUGGUAUCCGACUGCCAGUAUUGUCUGUGGGAGAUGCUGGCUUCGAUCGCUUGCUGUCGGAGACGUGGCAUGCACAUCUGGCUCACCUGGAAGCUGGUUCGUUGUUCCUGGGGCCGGACAUGACUCAACAUUCCCAAGCCGUGCCAGCAAAGCCAGCAAAGCCGACAAAGCCAAGCGUCUCGGAGGAAGAGGUGGCAUUGAGUGCGGACGAUCGGAACAUGCUUCGGGGACUGGAGGGAUCCGCACGUCAAGUGGCCAUGCGCGUGGCUCUCAGAUGCAUCAUCUGCCGCAUGGCCGCGGUACAGGGAACCAAGGAGUUGAUCAGCGUCAGCCAGUCACACAUUGAUGGCUGCACUUACAUUGGUCCCGCGAGCCUCCGGUUUGCUCAGCAGCUGCAAAGCUGGGGCGCGCAGGUGCGGGUCCCAACCACCCUGAAUGCCAUCUCUGUGGAUCGCUUCAAUUGGCGUGCUCUUGGGGUUCCAGAAGAGUCCGGAGAGCCAGCGGAGGCUCUUGCGAAUGCAUACUUGGAUAUGGGUGCCCAGCCGAGCUUUACCUGCGCACCCUACCUGCUGGAGACAGCACCGCGACGUGGGGAGCAUAUUGGAUGGGGGGAGUCCAAUGCAGUGGUCUUUGCCAACAGCAUUCUUGGAGCACGAACUCAGAAGUAUGCAGACUUCCUGGAUGCGUGUGUUGCAAUUACGGGCCGAGCUCCUCGUGCUGGCUGCCACGCGGAUGUGGAGCGACAGCCGCAGAUCAUCUUGGCUGCGCCCGACCUGGAUGCAGGCCAAGUGGAUGAUGCCUUCUAUCCGACCUUUGGCUAUCUCUGCGGGCUGAGAUCGCCCCACUCGGUGCCAGCCAUCACAGGUCUGGAAGGCUUGACGCCGACAAGGGAUGACUUGAAGGCCUUCAGCGCGGCCUUUGGCACCAGCUCCUCCGCGGCCAUGUUCCACCUGGUGGGCCUCACUCCUGAGGCCCCCGACCUGAGCAGUGCUUCAUUCGGGCGCGAGCUGAAGGUGGUUCAAAUUGGUCAGGACGACCUCAUGGCUGCUUGGAAAGACCUGGAUGCCGAUGAGGAGGGCGAGAUUGACCUCGUGGCACUUGGCAACCCACACUUCUCACUGGAGGAGCAUCGGCGUUUGGCCGAGCUGUGCGGGGGACGGGAGAAACAUCCAGCGGUGGCGGUCGUGGUGACUUCUGGCCCGCAGGUCCUAGCCGAAGCUCGGGAAAGAGGCUACUCGGCAACCUUGGAAGCUUUUGGCGUGCAGCUGGUGAGCGACACCUGCUGGUGCAUGUUGGGGGAGGUUGUGCCGGCGCCGACAUCGGUGUUGCCUCCGUCCAGCCGAGCGCUGAUGACGAACUCGGCUAAGUAUGCCCACUACGCUCCAGGCCUGGUGGGUCGCAAGGUUCGCUUUGGUUCACUGGCCGCUUGCGUUGAUGCUGCAUGUCGGCGCACAGUCAGUGCUGCGAAGCCGGCGUGGCUGCUUCCAAUCACGAGCGUUAGCUCAUUUGGCAGCAUGUGCCACCAGAGCAAGAUCAUCCUACUGCCGGGCAGCACUGCGGAUCGUUCGAUGCCGAGGAAGAUAGAAAAGGAGAUCAUGCUGAGGUCACGCAUAUACCAGGUGCCCAGCGACAGGAUACACUGGAAAUGGGAUACUGGGAUAUUAGGGCAGCCUAGCACGGCGGUCUAUGGCGGUCUGAAAGAUGAAAGAGAUGUUUCCACGAGGCGCUCAGAGAUGAUGGAUGGCGAUGGACUUACUUCCAGAGCAGUGCAACAGCUGGCUCAGCGGGCCGAAGAUCCGUUGCUCAGCGAGCGAUUGAGGCGUAUUUUCUGCCCUCCUUCGCGAGGCAAUUCUGUGGACAGCCCGCCACGAGAAGACUUUGCAAGUGUGGGCGCACGAGGAGAGGACCCAUGCCGAGUGACGAAGGCUGUCAAAGUAGCUCCGCCGACCGUUGCCGACACUGAUGUUGCAACGCCACCUGGGACGCAGGCCUCCGAAUUGCGAAUGGGCUCAAAGGGGUCAGUGACUCCAUCCAUCCGGACAGCACCAGCAACUCCAGCAGCGUCGCCGCAAGUCGGGGGCUGGGUGGGGCACGGGCACGCUGCGCACACACCUGCCACGGGUGUGCAGGGCGCAGCGUGGGUGCAGAGGUCCUACAGUGGUCGCGCCACCCCUGUAGCUCCUGUGUCGAGGCAUCUAAGUGCAGGACAGUCCGCUGUCCCUGUCAUGCCGCAGUUUGGGCGGCCCUCGGUUGUCGCCGUCACUGCCCCACUGGUGGCCGUAGCAAGCAGCGCAAUGCCAGCCAGUCACGGGACCAUGGCGCAGGCUCCGACGACGCAGCUGCCCUUCAGCUGCCAGCCGAUGUCGUCGCCCAAUGCCGCGAUGCAGCCCCGCCGCCACAGAUUCAGUGCACCCGCUCAAGCUACGCAGGUCAAGCGAGACCCACGACUGUCACAGUCGAGCAGCGUUGCGCCGCAUGCUGUGCAGGUGCCUGUGCAGGUGCCCCAGCCUUUGCCACUGCCUUCUGGCCUAACUGGUCCCCGUGCCCAGUUUGACCUGUAG